CACACAGGUGAGCAAUGCGGCUCACCUGGCCACUGUUGCGGGGACCCAGGACCAGGGACCCAGGGACUAAAGAGCCACGGUCAGUGACUUGGGACCCUGGGACCCGGGACUAGGGACCAGAGACCCAGAGACCCAGGACUAUGGACCCAGGGAACCGGGACUAGGUGACCUAGCGGCUAGGGGACCCAGGGACUCAGGACUCGGGGACCCAGGGGCUAGGGGGCCCGGACCAGGGACCAGGAGGAGGAGACGCGGCUCCCGUGGAGACGAGGUGCGGGUGAGCCCCCCCCCCCAUCCAUCACCCCCCCCCCCGCACCAUGCGGGCGCUACUGGGGGGCCAGGUGACGUUGGUGAGCGCCCUGAUCUGCGCUCACUUCACACUCACCUCACUCUGCCCGACAGGGGAAGGGUGGAGCGACCCCCCCGCGGCCUUGGCCACGGCGCCCCUGGGCGCAGCAUGGGGGGGGGCGCUGGAGGUCACGUGGGGGCGCCCCCCCCGAGCCUCGCUGCCCAUCACGUGGUACCAGGUGUGGGCACACGGAGACCACGUGGCCAGCGUCAACGCCACCGCGCCCGGGGAUGGCUCUGGGUCAGAGCGGCUGAGAGUGGAGCUCAGCGGCCUGGAGCUCAACACCACAUACUACAUCGAGGUUUUCCCGGUGUCCGUGUCCGGAGAUUGUCUCUCCCAGGGUCCUGCAGCCUCGAUCAACGUCACUCUGGCGUCCUCCCGGCGCGUGGACUCAAGAGGACUCCUCAACUGCAACACCACGUGCCUCUCGGAGGAUGCCCGCACGGCGCUCAUCGUGGUGCCGCUCGUCAUCGGCGUCCCCACGGUGGUCCUGGUCGCCGUGGUGCUCUGGAAGGGCUGCUCGCGAUGGGACCCGCCCGGCACCCGGGGCGACGACGCGCAGCUCAAGCACGCCCAGGGGCCACCCCGGACCCCGGCGAGGCCCGGCACCCUGGGGGGCGCCGCGUGCGAGCAGACGCGCGCCACGUGGACCCCGCCCGACAAGGCGGCCGGCUGAUGGGUCGGGGCGCGGGGUCUGGUCGGGAGGGGUCGGAGGUUCCGAGGGUCGGAGGUUCCGAGGUUCCGAGGGUAGGGGUGCCACCUUUGGGGGGCGGGGGGGGGGGGUCAGAGGGAGGGUUCAAGUGGCGCUGCCCCGACGCAGGACAGGUGGGGACCCUGCGGCAGUGAAACCCCUCCGUGAGGGGUGAGGUUACCCCCUCGGUGUUGAGCCGUACCGUGGUGGACAGAUUGGUCCUUGGAACCCUGGGGUUGGGCGGUGGGGGGCGGGGGGUGGUUCAGCGGUGAGACGGAGGUGACCCCCGCUAUGCCAAUUGAACUGAAGAACCUCCACGGACACCUCACUCGGGCCCGUUGGCAGCUCGCGAAUGCUGCGCACUUGCAGCGGCCCGGCAAUUCGUGGUCGCGCCGAGCGGGAGAGAGUGACUUUGUAGUGGAAUUCAAAAGUCGUGUCUGCACGCAACGUGGUGGUGUAGUCCGGGGCGAGCCGUGGCUCUGGGGAAUGAGACUGCUAUGUGCUGGUCUCGCUCUCUCUCUCUCUCUGUCUCUCGAGUUAUCCACGGGUUGAAACGGAACCAACUUGCAACGUGACUCGCCUGCACCAUUCAUGUGUAGACGCGCGUGUGUGUGUGUGUGUGUGAUGAAGUUCUUUCACACCAUACGUAGCCAACCGUGCUAAUCGGAGGUGCGGGGGAAGGACAACAACACAAA